AUGAUGCCAUCCACAGCUUCCAGGAUGUGCUCCGCAGCCCCCCUAGAGUCCAGGCUCUGUGUUGGGGCUGACCGCCAUGUGGAGCACCCAGCUCUGGUUUCAGUGAUCUUUGCCAUUGUGCUGGUGACUUGUCUGGAAGCUGCUAAACUCACGGUGGGACUCCACGCCCCCUGGAACAUCUCCCAUCCAUUUAGUGUGCAAAGGCUGGGGGCAGGCCUCCAGAUCGCUGUGGCCAGGCUCAACUCAGAGCCGGUGGGCCUGGGGAACUUGAGCUGGGCAUUCAGUUACACCAGCUCAGCGUGCAGCGCCAAGGAGUCCCUUGCAGUUUUCACCGACCAGGUCCAGAGAGAGCACAUUUCUGCUCUGUUUGGACCAGCGUGCCCAGAAGCAGCAGAGAUCAUUGCUUCGCUGGCCUCCGAGUGGAACAUCCCCUUGUUCGACUUCAUUGGGCAAACAGCAGCCCUGGAGGACCACUUCUUGUGUGACACCUGCGUGACGCUAGUGCCACCCAAGCAUGGAAUCAGAGCCGCGCUUCUGGAAAGCCUGCGAUACUUGGGCUGGGAACACGUCGGGGUGUUUGCAUACUCCUCUGCGGCCUUCCCCCAGGAAGAAGUGGAUGAGAUGUGGGGGGCUAUUGAGGACAGACUCCGGUUUCAUUUCACUAUCAUUGCCAGCAUGAGAUAUGGCAACAGCAGCCCAGCCCUUCUGCAGGAAGGCCUCAGGAGCAUGUCAUCCAUGGCCAGGGUUAUCAUCCUAAUCUGCAGCUCAGAGGAUGCAAAAAGCAUCCUGAAGACAGCAGAGAACCUGCAACUCAACACGGGAGAAUUUGUUUUCAUCCUUUUGCAGCAGCUGGAGGACAGGUUUUGGAAGAAAGCACUGACAAGUGACACGGUCACACACUUUCCCAAAGUCUAUGAAUCCGUGUUGGUCAUAGCACCCAGCUCCCAAGGAGAAGGCACUGCAGAUGAUAGCUUCCGGAAACAAGUCUACCAAAGGCUGAGGAUGCCACCCUUUCACAGCUCCAUCUCCUCAGAGGAGCAGGUGAGCCCUUACUCUGCCUACCUCCAUGAUGCCCUCUUACUCUACGCCCAGACUGUGGAGGAGAUGAUAAAGGCUGAGAAGGACUUCUGGGAUGGGCGGCAGCUGGUCAGCACCCUGAGAGCCGGUCAGAUCACACUGCAGGGGAUCACUGGUUCCGUGCUUUUGGACUCACAGGGAGAAAGGUGCAUGGAUUACUGGGUCUAUGCUCUACAGAAAUCUGGAAGCAGAUCCCUCUUUCUUCCUUUUCUUCAUUAUGACAGUUUCCAGAAAGUAAUCAGGCCCUGGAUGAAUGACUCUAACAUCUCGUGGCCCCAUGGCCCCCUUCUUGAAUACAAACCUGGCUGUAGAUUUCACAACAAGCUCUGUAAAAUAGAGCCUCCGACUGUGGCAGGUAUGACUGUGACGGCUGUGAUUCCCACAGUGACACUCCUGGUUUUAGCCUCAGUAGCUGCCAUCGUGGGUCUGGUAUUACGGAUACUGAGAGGAAAGGCGCAAAGCCCUCAUGGAGACACCUGGUGGCAGAUCCCUUACGAAAGCAUCGCUCUUCUCCCCCAGCACAAGCCGUCCCAGCGAGGCACACCUGUGUCAAGGUGCAUCCUUAGUGAUGCAUCUCCUGGGAAGAUUUCUGCAGACUGUAGCUCCUUUGUCAAGAGCCAACAGGGGGAAGAGCUGUUUUACACCCGUGUGGGCCUUUACCAGGGAAAUCACGUGGCCCUCUGCUACAUUGGUGAAGCGGCAGAAGCAUGGGUGACGAGGCCAACUGUUCGGCAGGAAGUCUGGCUGAUGUGUGAAUUAAAGCAUGAAAACAUCAUCCCCUUCUUUGGCGUUUGCACAGAACCACCUAACAUCUGCAUUCUCACACAGUAUUGCAAAAAAGGAAGUCUCAAGGACCUCUUGGGAAACUACGAUCAUGAGAUGGAUUGGAUAUUCAAGAUCUCAUUUGCAUAUGACAUCGUCAAUGGCAUGCUCUUCCUCCAAGGGAGCCCACUGAGGUCUCAUGGCAACUUGAAACCUUCCAACUGCCUGGUAGAUGGCCGGAUGCAGGUGAAGCUGUCAGGAUUUGGGUUGUGGGAGUUCAAGCAUGGCAGCACACACAGGAUCUGCAACCAGAAGGCCACUGACCACUCAGAGCUCUACUGGACAGCCCCAGAGCUGUUGCGGCUUCAGGAGCUUCCCUGGUCCGGCACCCCACAGGGAGACAUUUACAGCUUUGCCAUUCUCAUGAGGGACUUGAUCCACCAGCAGGCCCAUGGGCCUUUUGAUGACCUUGAGGAGGCUCCAGAGGAGAUCAUCAGCCGCAUCCAAGACCCCAGGGCACCUGUUCCAUUUCGCCCAUCCCUGUCAGAGGAUAGAGGUGAUGCACGCAUUGUAGCCCUGGUGAGGGCGUGUUGGGAUGAGUCUCCAGAGCAAAGGCCCACCUUUCCUUCCAUCAAGAAGAUGUUACGAGAAGCCAGUCCCAGAGGCCAGGUGAGCAUCUUGGAUAGCAUGAUGGGCAAGCUGGAAAUGUAUGCCAAUCACCUGGAGGAGGUGGUGGAAGAGCGGACCUGCCAGCUGGUGGCAGAGAAAAAAAAGGUGGAGAAACUCCUGUCUACCAUGUUGCCAAGCUUUGUUGGAGAACAGCUCAUAGCCGGGAAGUCUGUGGAACCAGAACAUUUUGAGUCUGUCACUAUCUUUUUCUCUGACAUUGUGGGAUUUACGAAGCUGUGCUCUCUCAGCUCCCCCUUGCAAGUGGUGAAACUCCUCAAUGACCUGUACAGUUUGUUCGACCACACGAUACAAACCCAUGACGUGUACAAGGUUGAAACCAUUGGGGAUGCGUACAUGGUGGCCAGUGGGCUUCCCGUCCGCAAUGGAACCCAACAUGCAGCUGAGAUUGCCACCAUGGCCUUGCAUUUACUCAGUGCCACCACCCACUUCCAAAUUGGGCACAUGCCUGAGGAGAGACUCAAACUCCGGAUAGGCCUCCAUACAGGUCCUGUGGUUGCUGGCGUGGUGGGCAUCACCAUGCCCAGGUACUGCCUUUUUGGAGACACUGUGAACAUGGCCUCCAGAAUGGAAAGCAGCAGUUUACCUCUCCGGAUUCACGUUUCUCAGAGCACCGCAGGAGCUCUUGUGGCAGCAGGAGGGUACCAUCUGCAAAAGCGAGGCACCAUUUCAGUCAAGGGCAAGGGAGAACAGACCACCUUCUGGCUGAAGGGCAAAGCCGGCUUCACUGUCCCGCUCCCCGAGUUUACCGAGGAAGAAGCUAAAGUUCCAGAGAGCUCCUGAGGCUCUUUCAAGAUGUUUGUGGAGCCACUGAUUUCCGUGGGGAUCCUUUUGGGGUGAAAUGUGUCCAACAUUCCACAACUGUUGUAGUUGCUGGCAUUGACUCGGUCUCCCACUAGGGGGUGCUGUUCGAUUGGUGUCCUUCCUGACCCCUAGCUGGUGGGCAGUUGGUAGAGGAAGAUACAGGGAACUCAUUCCCAGGCAAGGCCAGGCACAGAGGUUUCUAGCGUCACAACUCAUGAAUUUGCCUAAAACCCAUUUCCCUCUGAGGGAAGGAAAGAGGAGGCUACAGGCUGGGCAACAGCCCACCCUAUCCUACUUUUUCUCACAACACUUCUUUCUUUGUACCUUAAAGUGUCCAGCCUACGUGGUUCCUUGGGAAUGCAGAGGGCAUUUGGAUAAGAUGCUGCCCUUGACAUCCUUAUUCUGUUGAAACACCCAGAAACGAGGAAGGGAGACCCAAUGAGACCAGUUAGAUUUUCUUUGUUGUUGGUGUGCACUGUGGACAUAUUUUUGAGUACUGCUUUGGGAAACAAACUACCUUUUGAUUUAUUGGGGAACUUUCAUGACAAUGUUUACAAAAAUGUUUUGUAUAACUCUUGCCUUUUUUUCACAACCAAGGAAAGAGUUCCCAGCAUUAACCCAUGUUGGUGACCACCCCUGAGCGUUCCCAUCUGCUGUACUUUGUUUCGUCCCAGAGGCACAUGACUGAUUUCUCUGACCUUCAGAGACUUCCUGUCCUUGGUACAGUUCUGGCCAGAGGCUCUGCUCCCCUGAAAGCUCUCAGUAUUAAGGGCUGAGCCUCUUACACUGUCACCCAGGAGGAGGAGUGGCAGAAGGAAUUUAUGUUAGGGAGUUCCUCCCUUCUACUCCAGUGUGGAGACAAUGGGCUAGAGUCCAUCUUGUCAGGCUUCCUACCUUCUUCCCUUUUUGAGCAUCAUGGCUUCUUGUUCUAAACACUUUGCUGCACCAUGAAAGAAAACACAUCAUAACCUCUUGUGCAGCUGUUAGAUUGAUAGACUACUCCCUUUCCAUCCAUCUAUCUAUCUACCCAUUGACCCAUCCAUACAGUCACCUGUUCCUCUAACCCUCCACUCACACACCCAUCCAUUCAGUCUGUCCUACUUAGGGUUUUAUUGCUGUGAAGAGACACUAUGACUAUGACAACGCCUAAUUUGUGCUGGCUCACAGUUUCAGAGGUUUAGUUCAUUAUCUUCAUGGCAGGAAGCCUGACAUCAUGCAGGAAGACAUGGUGUUGAAGAAGAAGCUGAGAGUUCUACAUUCAGAUUGGCAGGCAGCAGGAAGUAAAUGAUACACUAGACCUGGUUUGAGCAUUUUAGACCUUCUUGCCCCUUGUGACAUAUUUCCUACAACAAAGCCACACCUACUCCAACAAGUCAUACCUCCUAAUAGUGCCACUCCCUAUGAGGCUAUGGGGGCCUUUUUAUCCAAACCGUCACACCAUUCACCCACCCACCCAAGCUCCCAUCCAUCCAUCUCUCUAACCCCUCAUCCACCUAUCCAUCCAUCCAUCCAUCCAUCCACUCAUCUGUGAAUUUUAUAAACGCCAGGAACAUGUGUAAGCUUUUACUCUGUUUGCUGACACACUGGGAGUAUAAGAGAAUAUAAAACUUUCUUUCAUUCUCAUCUAACAGUUUAGUUGGAAGGAGUGCACCAUUAAGGAUUAGUAGAGCUAUAAAGAAAAUACAAAGCAACCAAAUAAUCUAAUAUAGCUAUAUUAAAAGGGCAUUAGAAAAUUCUAUUCAGUUUCAGGGAUGGGGUUGAAUAAGGUAAUUGGCUAUUAUUGUUCCAUCUUUAAUUGGCUAUUAUUGUUCCAUCUUUGUAUUUGUAUCAGUGAGGUGCAUUUGCUUCUAGUUCUAGCCCAUCAACUUCCCUAAAUUAUAUUCAAAUAAUAAAGACUUCAUUAAAUCUGUCUUCACUUAAUAGUAUAACGAACAUUUUAUAUCCAGACCUGUAUAGGUAUACAAAACACACACAAAUAUAAACACAGACACCCACAUGCACACCUGUAUUCAUACACACACACACAUACAUACAUACAUAUAUUCGGUAUAUGUACACAGAGAGGGAGAAAAGAAGAGAGGGAGGAGGGGAGAGAGACAGAAAGGGAAUGAGUAUAGACGUUACAGCCAGGAGCAGUUUCCUCAAAUCUAGUGUUAUGCGUGGAAAGAUACCUGAGGGAGUCUGUAUCUUUUUUCCCCCUGGGUGUCUUUUUUUUUUUGUUUAGUUUGAGUUAGAAUUUACAACAGACAUUGUAGUGAGGGUACAUUCUCUUAAUCUGUCACAGAGAAGUUCUAACACCACCAGUUAAACCUAAAGCACACACCUCGUCACUGGCAAGAGACACUGAAGUUCGAAGGCAAGCAUCACCCAGGUGGUUCUGUUCCUCGUCAAUGUUGGCCAUGCAAGCCGGCUUGACCUCCUUCACCUCUCUGUCUGCAAACUCCCGUACUGGAGUGUUUGAAGCACUAGCGAUUGAAAUUCUGUGGAAUAUGUGGAUUCUGUGGAGUCUAGAAACCCUUGGAAGAACUGUGGGAUUGGCUUUUAUCGUAAUGUAUGAACACUGUAAACUGCAGUCAGAGGUUACUUAUCCUAGGCAUUUUAUUUAGUUCAUA